AUUAAAUAUGUAAUGUAUUGAUUCCCUCCACAGAAUGGACGAUAAAGGAGAAGUGAAGUGUAUCAAGUUCUCCAUUGGAAAUAAGAUCUUGGCAGUUCAGAGAACUUCAAAAUCUGUGGAUUUCAUCAACUUCAUACCCGACUAUCCGCACACAGAGUUCACUCAGGAGUGCAAGACGAAGAACGCUAAUGUUUUGGGUUUCUGUUGGACCAACUGGAAUGAGAUUGUCUUCAUCACUGACCAGGGAAUAGAGUUCUACCAGGUGUUUCCAGACAAGCGCAGUCUGAAGCUGUUGAAGAGUCAGAGCAUCAAUGUGAACUGGUACCAGUACUGUCCAGAGACGGCCGUCAUCCUGCUGUCCACCACCGUGCAGGGAAACAUCCUGCAGCCCUUCGCCUUCAGGAAUGGGACCAUGUCUAAGAUGACCAAGUUUGAGAUCGAGCUGCCGGUCAUCCCCAAACCUGCCAAACUCAGUCUGUCGGAGAGAGACAUCGCCAUGGCAACCAUUUAUGGUCAGCUGUUUGUGAUGUAUCUGAAGCAUCACUCAAGAACAGCCAACAGUCCCAGUGCAGAAGUGGUGCUGUAUCACCUACCGAGGGAUGGGGCGUGUAAGAAGAGUCAUGUGUUGAAGCUGAACACGACGGGGAAGUUUGCUCUGAACAUCGUGGACAACCUGGUGGUGGUUCAUCACCAGAGUUCACAGACGUCUCUGAUCUUCGACAUCAAGCUGAAGGAACCAGACUGCGCUGUCAACACACACCAACCUGUCCUACCUGCCCGCUCCAUACACCCCUACAGGAUACCAUUGUCAGGUCCAGCCGUUGUUCCCUCUCAGCCUCCUGUUCCGUGUCAGCUCUACUCUUCCUCCUGGAGCGUCUUCCAACCCGACAUCAUCAUCAGUGCCAGCGAAGGUUAUCUCUGGUACUUGCAGGUGAAGUUGCCUCCAACCGUCAACCUGCUGCAGGACAAAGGCAAACUGAUGGACUUCCUGUUACGACGGAGAGACUGCAAGAUGGUCAUCCUGUCUGUCUGCUCACAGAUUCUGGAGGGCGGAGAGAAGGGAAGUCUUCCCGUCGUGGCGACCGUCUUCGACAAACUGAACCAGGUGUAUAAAGAAUACCUGGAGGCAGAGCAGACCUACACCGUGGCGAUGGAGUCCGGUCCCAGUCGAGGCAGCGCGGCCCAGAAGCGCCCAGUCAGAACCCAGGCGGUCAUUGACCAAUCAGACAUGUACACACACGUCCUGUCAUCUUUCACAGAGAGCAAGGGCGUCUCCCAUAAAUUCAUCAUUGCAGUGUUGAUGGAGUACAUCCGCUCUCUGAACCAGUUCCAGAUCACUGUACAGCAUUACCUGUAUGAGUUGGUGAUUAAGACGUUGGUGCAACACAAUCUCUUCUACAUGCUGCACCAGUUCCUGCAGUAUCACGUCCUCAGCGACUCCAAACCGCUGGCCUGUUUACUUCUGUCCCUGGAGAGUACAUACCCGCCUGCACACCAGCUGUCACUGGACAUGUUGAAGCGUCUGUCCACGGCCAACGAUGAGAUUGUUGAGGUCCUGCUGUCGAAGCAGCAAGUUCUGGGCGCGCUCAGAUUCAUCCGCAGUGUCGGCGGCCAUGACAACGUGUCGGCCAGGAAGUUUCUGGACGCAGCGCAGCAGACCGGAGACCAGAUGUUGUUCUACACCGUGUUCAGGUCGUUCCAGCAGAGGAACCAACGGCUGAGAGGAAGUCCCAGCUUCAACCCCGGAGAGCACUGUGAGGAGCAUGUGGUUCACUUCAAGCAGCUGUUUGGAGAUCAGGCUCUGAUGAAACCGUCCACUGUGUGAACCACCGGGACCAAAACACACACAGACUGUGAACCGGAUCACAGCAGGCUGGUUGGACUGAG